AAUGGCACAUUCGGGAUGCCUGUUUUCCGGUUGUCACGGGAUCUAUCUACCAUGGCUGAUAAGUGGUCUUGCUACCAUUUACUCGUAUUUAUCUUAACAUUUAUGAGCUAUGCAUGCUUUCAUGCUACACGCAAGGCAUUUAGUAAUAUCAAAGACACAUUGCGCCAGGAAUGGACGCCAUACAACACAACCAAUCCAAUAGAACCAGGCAAAGUUUGGCAGUCAGUUCACUUUUUCAAGUCAGAGGAAAGUGCUGCAUUGUUUCUUGGAGCUAUGGAUACUACAUUCUUAUCAACAUAUGCCAUUGGUCUUUUUAUUAGUGGAAUUCUUGGGGACAGGUUUGAUCUAAGGAAAGUCCUUUCACUUGGAAUGUGUUCAUCAGCAAUAAUGGUGUUUAUGUUUGGCACUGUCAGUAAAUGGCUGAAUAUUCAAAAUAUUUGGUAUUAUGGUGCAUUUAUGGCACUAAAUGGGAUAUGUCAGUCUGCAGGUUGGCCAUCCUCUGUUGCUGUCAUGGGAAACUGGUUUGGUAAAUCAAGUCGUGGUUUUGUGUUUGGUAUAUGGAGUGCAUGUGCAUCAGUUGGAAACAUACUUGGGAGUCUGGAGGCUGCAGCAGUUCUAAAGUAUGGUUAUGAGUAUUCUAUGAUGUUGCCAUCAGUGAUCUUAUUUGCUGCUGGAAUCAUUAUCUUUUUUUGUUUGGUACCUUCUCCUGCUGAUAUUGGACUUCCAUUACCAGGAGAUGAAGAUAGUACUGAAGAAGAAAGAAACCCUGUUUUCAAUGAUGCAGACAAUGAACAAGACCAACAAAAAGUUGUAAAGUCCAACAACCCUUAUCUACUUCCUGAUACACUUUUUGAGUCUUCAGCUGUUGUACCCAAAGAACCCAAAAUAGCCAUAGGAUUUUGUCAGGCUCUUAUGCUUCCUGGUGUUAUUCCAUACUCCUUAUCAUAUGCAUGUUUAAAGCUAGUCAACUAUUCCUUCUUUUUCUGGCUGCCUUAUUAUUUGUCAUUUGUUCUGAAAAUAGGUGAUACCAUUGCCGAUGAGCUGUCUACAUUUUAUGAUGUUGGGGGUAUUUUGGGUGGUGCUAUAGCAGGAUUAAUAACAGAUCGCAUGCGUUCUCGUUCUCCCGUCGUUAUGACUAUGCUGUUGUUGUCUAUUGGAUGUUUGUUGUGGUAUGAAAAUACAAGCGCAGAACACAYAUACAAUUCAGCUGUUAUGACAUUAACAGGGUUUAUGAUUGGUGGGCCAGCAAAUUUGAUUAGCUCAGCCAUCUCAGCAGAUCUAGGAAGACAGCCAUGCCUAAAAGGAAAUAGUGAAGCAUUAGCUACAGUGACUGGUAUCGUUGAUGGCACCGGAAGUGUUGGUGCUGCCAUUGGACAGAUCCUUAUUCCUAUAAUUACAGACUCUAAGAAAAAGAAAAAAAACAGUAAUGCCUGGAGUAAUGUCUUUUACUUCCUCAUGGUAAUGACAUUUAUGAGCUUUGUUUGUAUCAUCAUACCACGUAUAAUAGAAUUCUUCAGGAAAAAGAUGAGUAGAGAAAACGAUCACUUGGAGCCAUCAUAUAGACCAGUAAAUACUGCUUCCCCAGAUACUUGGAGAUAGAUCACCCAUUGGCCUGGUGAGGGCAGAUAGUGGCUACAGUCAUGUACACAGGGAUUUUAGUCUAAUUUUAAUAUUUUAUUAGCAUGGUCGUGUAGAGAAUAAAUGAUAUGCCUGUGAAAUAGAUAAAUUGGUGCUAAAUAAAGACAACCCAUAUGUGCCUAUUGUCUGUCGGUACAUUAGGGAUUUAUAUGCUAACUCAAUUUCACAGGUCUACUGCUUGUACUCUAUACCUUGCAAGAAUGUUGUCAAAGAGAAUUAGAACAUUUUUGGUUUACUGAAAAGGAAUUGUUAAGACAAAAAAAAGCAUCCAACCCAAGUGAUUUAUUUUUACCUGUUCCAUUUUUAUUUAGUAAAAUAAAAACGUUCUGUUCCUCUAUGGCACUAUUUUUUAAUUUUUACUUCAUCUUAUAACUUUUAAUAUCAUGAUUAUUACUAGGAUCUAUACAUUUCCGGCCCUCCUUACACUAUACCUACAAGUUGACCACAGACAUACUAUGUAAAAUAAUGACCAACUCUUCAAACCCUGAUGUCCCAUCAUAAGCCGAAUCAAGAAAUGGAGCGAUUAAUACUCAAGUUUCGAAUUCUCUUUUGUGAAAGAAUCAAGAUUAGCUUUAAUCAAGCAUAAAUUUUUAUUAUCUUCUUUGUACACAGAGUUUUUGCAUUACAAUAGGAUCUCUAAUGAAUAAAAGAAUAUACAAUCAUGCUUUCGAGGUUAAGGCUGCACAAUAAGAUCUUGAAACUGGAGUAUUAGAAAUCAUUCCAAACUAAACAGCUGCUCAUUCAUGGAAAAAAAUCUUUUUGACUAUGAUGCUAGUCAGCACAAACACAACUUGUAAUGAAAAUAAUUUGCAAAUUUUCAAAAAACUAUUCUUUCAGAAAUUCAGUAACCUUUUACCACUCAGAGACUAAUCAGUAUGUCUCAUUAUAAAUUUGUAGAAUUUCCAUUGUAAAGUGCCGUUUACACGAGCAAUUUUUCCUUGAGCAAUUUUUCCUUGACAAGGAAAAAUUGCUUAUGUUAAUGGGUUAAAAUUGACCAUUUUUCAUUGUCGAGGAAAAGCCAAGAUGUUCGCUUUUCCUUGACAAGGAAAAAGGACAAAAUUUGCUGGUGUAAAUGGACAACAAGGAAAAUGUGGCAAGGAAAAAUUUGUCAAGUAAAACUUGUUGACCAUUCACACGGGCAAUUUUUCCUUGUCAAGGAAAACUUAUUCUUCGUUUACACAGACAAGUUUUACUUGACAAGAAAGUGUAAAUGGCGCUUAAUAGUCUAUGAUGUUUUAAUAAUAUAUUUGAGUGGGAGCAACUGGGGGAUAAUAUUAUUGCAGCUAUAUAUAUUUAAUGAUUUAGCAUUUGGUAGCUAAAGUUUGGUUUAAAUGUUUGUUUUUUUAUUUACAACUGACAUGUACUGGUAAGGAGACGAGUUAUUAACAGCAAGAACAGUUUAACACACAAAGAACAUACUUUAGAUAAUAAACAUCAUGCCCCAUAAAUGCCCUAUAAUGCUUCAUACAGGCUUUUUAACUUAAAUCUUUGUAUAACUGCAGAGUGUUAUAUUUUUAAAUAAUGGUUCAAGUGCUUGCCAUAUGUCUAAUACUUUUAGACCAGUUGUCUCUGCUUGUUUUAUUUGGCAUGCAUUAACAAAAUCCAAGUAGUACUAAUUUGUACUAAAAGUGGACCUGAAGCAAGACGGUAUUGAAUGCUUCAUUUGUAUCAAUUCAGUUUAAUUUGCGUACCACAUGCAAAAUAUCUAAAUAGCACUAUUAAAUUAGUUUGUACAGUUGCACAAUUUAAGAGAUUAUUUCAUCACAGAUUUAUGGCAUGGAUUUGAAAUUAUUUGAAAUUAUAAAUUGCCUUCCAAUGCAGUUAGUACAAUAUGAUAGAAACAAAAAACAAUCUGAGACAAUACUGGAGCAAACCAGUUACAAAGAAGUAUAUUGUACCAAACAAUAAAUAUUAAAAACCAUUAAUA